CAAAAAAUUUAGAGGUUAUGUAUAAGAACAAUUGCCAGAAAGCACACGUUAAUAACAUGAUCCAACAAGAAUUAAUGUUUGGAUUUAGUUUACUUUUAAUUAUAGAAAAAUAACAAAAUGAAAGAUCAUUGAUCGAUAUUUAUGCAUUAACUAUAUAUUUAAUAAUAUAUAUCGAAAAACACUUUUAAAUUGUUUAUCAGUCAAAAGACUGAUAGAUAUAGGAAAAUGCCGGAUAUUAAAGUUACACCUUUAGGAGCUGGUCAAGAUGUUGGAAGAAGUUGCAUUCUUGUAUCAAUGGGUGGAAAGAAUAUUAUGUUAGAUUGUGGCAUGCACAUGGGCUUUAAUGACGAAAGGAGAUUCCCAGAUUUUUCAUACAUAAUCCCUGAAGGUCCAGCAACUAAUUACAUAGAUUGUGUGAUUAUUUCACACUUUCAUUUAGAUCAUUGUGGUGCUCUUCCAUAUUUUACAGAAAUGGUAGGUUAUACUGGACCAAUUUAUAUGACACAUCCAACAAAAGCAAUUGCACCAAUUUUACUUGAAGAUAUGAGAAAAGUUGCAGUAGAACGUAAAGGAGAAAGCAAUUUCUUUACAUCACAAAUGAUAAAAGACUGUAUGAAAAAAGUCAUUGCUGUUACAUUACAUCAAUCUGUAAUGGUUGAUUCAGAACUAGAAAUAAAAGCAUAUUAUGCAGGACAUGUACUUGGUGCUGCAAUGUUCUGGAUUCGUGUUGGUUCACAAUCAAUUGUAUAUACAGGAGAUUAUAACAUGACACCUGAUAGACAUUUAGGUGCUGCAUGGAUAGAUAAAUGUAGACCAGAUUUAUUAAUAUCAGAAUCAACAUAUGCAACAACUAUUAGAGAUUCUAAGAGAUGUAGAGAAAGAGACUUCUUAAAAAAAGUUCAUGAAUGUAUAGAUAGAGGUGGCAAAGUAUUAAUCCCUGUAUUUGCUCUUGGACGUGCACAAGAAUUAUGUAUAUUGUUGGAAACAUAUUGGGAACGAAUGAAUCUAAAAGUUCCUGUAUAUUUUGCUUUAGGGUUAACUGAAAAAGCUAAUAAUUAUUAUAAAAUGUUUAUUACUUGGACAAAUCAAAAAAUCAAGAAAACUUUUGUACAAAGAAAUAUGUUUGAUUUUAAACACAUAAAGCCAUUUGAUAAAGCAUAUAUUGAUAAUCCUGGAGCCAUGGUAGUAUUUGCUACUCCAGGUAUGUUGCAUGCAGGACUAUCUUUACAAAUUUUUAAAAAAUGGGCUCCAAAUGAAGCAAAUAUGGUUAUUAUGCCUGGAUUUUGUGUGCAAGGCACUGUUGGACAUAAAGUUUUAAAUGGUUCUAGAAGAAUCGAAUUUGAAAACCGACAGAUUGUAGAAGUUAAAAUGGCAGUAGAAUAUAUGUCUUUCUCUGCUCAUGCAGAUGCAAAAGGUAUUAUGCAAUUAAUACAAUAUUGUGAACCGAAAAAUGUUAUGCUUGUACAUGGUGAAUUUGCUAAAAUGGAAUUUCUAAAAGAAAAAAUAAAACAAGAAUUUGGAACUAAUUGUUAUAAUCCUGCAAAUGGUGAAACUUGUGUUAUCACAACUAUUUCCAAAGUGCCAGUAGAUGCCUCUUUAGCAUUAUUAAAGGCUGAAGCAAAAAAAUAUUCAGCUUUGCCACCAGAUCCUAAGCGACGAAGAUUACUCCAUAGUGUUUUAAUGUUACGAGAAGAUGGAGUAUGUCUUGUAGAUGCAGAUGAAGUAACAAAAGCUGCAGGAAUAACAAAACAUAUAGUACGAUUUACAUCCACUGUACAAGUAAGAGAUCCUGGUCCUGCACAUUCAACAACUUUGAAAUUAUUGCAACCAUUGAAAGAAAGAUUAUCAGGUUGGACAGUUCAAUUAACAGAUGGAUCGAUAUCUGUUGAAUCUGUUUUAGUAAAAGUAGAAGGUGAUGAAGAUGAUCAAAAAAGUGUGUAUGUAUCAUGGACAAAUCAAGAUGAAGAUUUGGGUAGUUAUAUUUUAGGAUUUUUACAAACAAUGUUGAAUUAAAAAAUGACAAACUAUAUUAAAAAUAAAAAUAAUAUUCAUUUAAUUGAUAAAUGAUACAUAGAAUUUUAUAUAAUGAUAUUGCUACAAUAGACGUUAUAUAUAGAUUAUAAAUUUAUUGUAAUAAAAAUUUUUUUAUUAUAAAUAUUAUAUUAUUUAUUAAUGAUCAAAAAUCAUCAUUAUAUAAUAAUAAGUAAAUUGUUUUAUAAUUUUUAGUAAAAAUAAAUUUGAUAAUUUAUAGUAACAAAUUAAUUGUUUAUUUCUUUUCUUAUUUUUUUUUUAUAUGAAUAUUUAAAAUAUAAUUCUUUUAAUAAUAUGAAUAUAAUAUAAUAAAUUUGCAUAAUACAAUUUUAUACUUUUUAAAAUUAUGAAUUGAAAUUACAUAUACAUUUUAUAUUUUUUUAAAUUAAAUUAUUUCACAUUAUUUUAUAUUACAGUUUUCCUAAUCUUAUGUUUUCUCAUUUACAUUAUGAAUAUUCAUAUAAAUGAAAUAUUUUCAUGAAAUGAAAAUAAAUCUAAUAUUCAAUGCACUUUUUUAUUUCAAGCCUUGAAAGUAUUAGAAUUUUUAUUCUUAUAUAAUAUUUAUACAUUUGUCAAUUCCCUUUUAUCUUUCUUUAAUGUCAUUCUUAACAUUACUAAUUUAAUUGAAAAUAAAAUUGUAAUGCUAAUAAUAUGUAGAAAUGUUUCACAAAUAUUUUAUAGAUUACAAAUAGUGAAAGAAUUCAAUAAAUGAAUCUUUGAUAACUUUAUUUUUCAGUAAAAUUCUUUUUUAUUAAAUUAUACUUUCAUUUAUUUAAAUUUUAUUUUUUUUUAUUCCAUUAAACAUUCAUAUAUUAAAAUAUAUUAUAUUUUAUAAGAUCAUUAUUCUAGAGAUACAUUAUAAAGCUGAAUAUAUAAUAUCUACAUUUUUUAAUAAAAUUAAUAUAUAAAUACAUUUAUAUUUUUAAAAAAAAUGAUAAAAUAAUGUUCAAUUGAAUCUUAAGUACACUGAAAGCAAGUAUUGAUAAGAACUUUCUAGAUAUAUUAUAUGAAACAUUUGAGAUAUUUUAUAUGAAACAAAUAUAAAUAAGGAAAACAAAUAAUAAAAAUAAAAUAAAGAUAGAAUUGUUAGUACCAACUAUUGAGCAUUAAAGAUAUCUAAAGAAUACCAAAACAUCUUUCUAAAAAUAUGAUGGUGUUAACAAUCAAUUCUUAUCUUUUUUUAAAUUUUAUUUUUUUAUAUUCAAUCUUUCUUUACAUUUGUUUUACUUGAAGCAUUCUAGAAAUGUUUUUCCAAUUUAUACUUUAUUUUCAUUUUUCUUUUGCAUUUGUUCUCUUUGUUUUUAUUCGCUCUACAAAAUUUAUACCUCAAGAGAAAAAAUGAGUUUAAUAACUAGAAAUGAUUCUAGUUAAUUAUAUUGUUUUCUUUGUCUAACUGAAAAAUUAAUAAAAUAUAUUCAAUCCAAUUUUUAUGUGUAUAAGUAUUAUACGCGUAUAUAUUUUUAUUUUUAUACCAUACAUAUUUUAUAUAUAAACAAUAUAAUUUUUCGUUUUUAAUAUUUCAAAAAUAUUCUAUAAAUAUAUUAACAUCCUGAAUAUUUUUCAUUUCCUCAAAGAAAGAAAAUAUCUCAAAUACUGAAAAAUUUCACAUGUUAUUUCAUUAUAUUCUUCUACAUAAUGAAAAUAAAAUAUAUAAUAAAAUAAAUUUAGACCAUUUUACUGCCAAAAAUUUCAAUUUUAUAUCAAGAAAUCAAAAUCUGACAGAAUACAAAACUAUGAACAAUAUAUAAGAAUAUGUAUGUAUAUUAUUAUAAAAAAAAUAGUUAUAAUACUUAAUAUUUUUUAUUAUGGAAUAUAAAAUUCAUAUUCUAUGAAACUUAUUUUUUUUAACGAUAUGUAUAUUUAUUUAAUUGUUUAUUUAAAAUAGUGUAAAUAUGAAUCGAUUAUGAAUUUUUGAAACUUUUAUUGAAGGACCAGUCAAAACCAAUAAAUACUAAAUAAUUUCCAACUAA